AUGUCAGUGGACAUGAUUGUCCAGGCCGCACCCAAGGCAGCCCACGCAAAGUCUACUCCCCCACAACUCGUCCCCCUCCCAACACCCACCUCCGCCCCGACCCUCCCCGCCUCCUCCGCCAGCAGCGAUACGCCAGCCCAGGCCAAGCGAGCCGCGCAAGCUGUCUACCAUACACCCGAGCUCUUGCACCGUAUCCUCGUGCUGCUGGAUAAGUGCGUGCUUGCGGCCAUGCUCACGCUGCACAAGGCGUGUUCGGCGCCCGUGGCGGCUGUGCUCUUUCGCACGGUGAAUCAGAAGCAGGUGAAGGGAAUGAAUCGGGCGGAUUCUCGACGCGCUGCCUAUUGCGACGCCGUACAAAUUGUCAACCGCUCCCCACCUCCCAAAUUCAAAGACCCCUUCCGCAAAAAGACCAGGGCAAAAGUCUUUAAUCACAAAGCUCUCCGCACCUCCUUUACCUCCCUCCGCAAGACCUUUCCCAAUCUCCACACCAUCUCCGAUGAGCAUCCGGGAAACGAAUGGGACGAUUCGUUCAUCGCGCGUCUCACGGCCGAUGGUACAAUAUCCGUCGAUCUCGUCACACAUUUUGAGAUCGAUCUCUACGCGGGUCCGUUCCCCACGCCCGGUCCUACCCUUCCCCAACCGAGCGCGGCGCCCCCCAAAUUGGAGAUCCGAGAGACCAUCGCGCUCGAUAUCGUGGUAGGGGAAGAGUCGGAUUGGGAUGGGGUUACCCCCUCCUUCAAUAGACGGCAAGAAGAGAAUGGGAAGUGGGAGAGGUGGCUGUAUCACAACCCACAUCUCGACAGGCGCGUCAGCAGCAUCAAUGCUGACCGCGCUUCCGAGCUCUUCGGCUAUGACGAGGAGGACUUUAUUGGCCACCGUCUCGGCAAGGACUGCCACCCUCUCAGGCGAGUCGAGAUCUGUCCCGCCUCGCUCGAGGAGUUCGCACAGGUCGCGGCAUCCGUCGGUCCAAAUCUGCGACAUCUCCACAUGUCACCCUCCAUCGUCAGGAGUUUUCGCGACCUUCAAGGGCUUGUCCCACUCAUCGACAAAUAUUUCCCCUUGCUCGAGGAACUCCACAUCCAGCCGUCCUCCUCUAUACAGUUCGGAGGUCCGCCGCCGCCUCCGCCCGCCGGGGCUCCACCUCGCGGUCUCGCCAAUUUGCGCAAACUCAGCUUCCCCACGGACUACUCCAAAAACACGGUCGUCGCUCGCCAUCUCUGGCGUCUCGGAUCUGAUCAGUGCAUCUUCGCUACUGUCUUCGAUGGUCCUCCUGAGGCGGACGAUACCCUCACCCGGCAGAUCCAGGACCUGAAAUCGUGA